CAAUGCUGUGUUCGAAGUCAAAAGACCAAACGCGGAAAGGGAAAAAGCAAGAAAACAGGAUUCAUGCGGAGGGGUUGCUCCAUGUUUACAAAUUACAUAAAUAUAUUGUAAGUGUGCCCUCAUUAGAUCUCUAGGAAAGGUAGCUCUGCAGCUUCCUAAUUUUCUUUUUUCUUUUUUUCCACAUUUAUCGAGUACAACUCUAGCCAAUAUCUUAAUAUGGCACAAAAGCGACUGUAUGAAAUGCUACCAUGCUUCUUUUAUUUAAAUUUUAGCACUUUCUGUAUGUUAAUUCUUGCAUCGAUGUGUCAUAUCGGCGCUUCUGCCCCUCUAAACAACCGAAACGGAGAAGAAAGAGGCUGCUCCCGGUCUGUAUCAGCGACAUACGAUGUUAUAAUAUACGGGUCAACCCCAGCUGCGCUUGUAGCCGCCAUCCAGACAACGCGUAUGAAUAAGACCGUUGCAAUUGUAUCUCCGACUAACCAUAUUGGCGGCAUGCUGGUGUCUGGCCUUGGUUGGACGGAUUCCAAAAAUGGCAAUGCUAUCGGUGGUAUCGCAAGAGAGUUUUUUAAUCGGGUAUACAACUACUAUCAAUCCAGUUCUGCAUGGACUCAUGGGACAAGAGCACAAUAUAUCAGUCAGAAUAUAGCUGCUCAGCCAGGGCCAGCAAUAGACCAAAGCAACCAAGUACAGUGGACUUUCGAGGCCCAUAUCGCUGAGCAGAUAUUGGAAGACUGGGUUGAAGAGUUGAACAUAACAAUUUUUCGGAAUGAGACACUUGUGGCGUCGACUGAUAGUGUGAUACUAAAAAAUAACCGGAUUGAGUCUAUCAAAACCUUGUCAGGUCAAGUUUAUGAUGCAUUAAUGUUUAUAGACGCCAGUUAUGAAGGUGAUUUUAUGGCUGCGGCCGGCAUUCCAUACAUACUAGGCCGUGAAAGCCGGGCAGACUUUGGGGAAUCUUUGGCCGGAGUGCAAAUCGCAGCAGACAACAACUAUCAGGGAAUGUCUCCGUACGUUACUGAGGGAGACUCCACUAGCGGCCUUAUUCAUGGAAUCGACCGUGUUCUUACAGCCACAGAGGCUCAGCAGUUGAAUGGUACUGCCGAUAAUCUUCGACUUCAAGCAUUCAAUUAUCGGAUUAGCUUAACGCAGCAAUCUGACAACUUAGUGCCCUUUUCUCAACCAGAUGAUUACGACGAAGGUUCCUAUGAGAUUUUAUUCCGCUAUAUCGAAGCAGGCGACGCUACGCUUCCAUUUUUCACAUCGCAGUUUAUGCCGAAUGAAAAAACAGACAGUAACUCAAAUGGACAAGUUAGCACCGAUUUCUUGGGCGGAAAUUAUGACACAGUCAAGCAAACAAAUUACAUUGAACAGAGUUUGGAACAACGGCAAAUAAUCGCCAACAAUUAUAAAACGUACACUCAAGGCUUUUUUUGGACGCUGGCAAACCACCCCAGAGUACCUGCAACAAUUAGGAAUGCAACAAGUGCAUGGGGCUAUGCUAAAGACGAGUGGACAAGUAAUGGAAAUUGGCCAUAUGACAUUUACAUACGAGAAGCAAGACGCAUGCAGGGAAACUAUACUAUGACGCAAAACGAUGUACAGAGCCCCAAGGGAUUCGGUACAGAUAGUAUUAUUGGUCUUGGAUCCUACACUAUGGACGUUCACGAGGCAGAAAGAAUAGUCAUCGGGUCUGCAGUUCAGAAUGAGGGACUGGUUCAUGUCCCAGUGGCGAAUCCUUUCCCCAUUCCAUUCGGCAGCAUUAUUCCUUCCUCGGACUCUAUUACUAACUUUCUGAAUCCUGUUACAAUGAGCGGUACUCACGUGGCGUUUGCGGCCAUCCGACUGGAGCCAACAUAUAUGAUAAUGGGACAGAGUGCAGCGACGGCUGCUGUGUUGGCGAUUGAACAGUGUGUAAACAUACAAAAUGUUGACAGGCAAGCGCUGAGCGACCGAUUGGAGGCAGAUAAGCAAAUACUGUCUCUGUGAAUAUUGAAAAUUCGCUAGAUCUUUUGAGUUAGCUUGAGAGUCUUAUAUUACCGUCCUAAUUAAAUACAUUCAC